GUCCUCACACGUGCACGCCGUGGCUUCCCUAGAGCAGCUCUGGUAGACCCAUAGUUCCUGCUCCUAGGGGACAGCUACACAAUGUAAACCUGCACCGAGAUGAAAACCUAUUCCAAGGUCAAAGGUUUCACGGUGGGAGCUCCUUGGUACCAUGAUAAGGUUCUGUUACACGCAAAGUAAACGAAAUACCAAAGAGGUCUUAAUUUUUUGCUACAUGGAGUAAUUAUUAGUUAAUCAAAGGGAGACAAAGAAAUUCUUUCUACAGUAAGGGUGACAGGGAGGGGAUUGUGGGGGGCGUGUUGAGGGUGAGUGGGGAAGUGGAGAUAGGGAAGCUUCAGAAAAAGAGGGAAAAAAUGGGGUCUAAGUAGAGGAAAGCUUAUAUUCCUCAUGAAAAUCAAAAGCCGUGGCUGUCAAACUUUUGUGUUAGUAGUACCAUUGUGAAAACAUAUUUUACUGCGUUGUGCGCGCCUCACGCCCGCGCACACACAGGUGUAUAAUGGAAAUCAAUUUAAAAUAAAAUGUUGCCUAGCUAGCUAUAAGCGCAGGACGUGUGUGUGUGUGUGUGUGUGUGUGGCCGCGAACAGCCGGAUCCGGGCGGAGCGCACCCUCAGGCCGCGUCUCCCAGGCCGCACCAGCCUGCCUGACCGCGCGGAGGAGGAGGGCGGGCGCGGUGCCACCGGGGCGGGAAGGUCGCUGGCGAGGGCUCCGGGCUGCAGCUCCCGCGGCGGUGGCGGCGGCUCUGUACGCGGCGCGGGAUGCUUGCUCAGGACUGUCAGGCGGCCGCGACGCCAGAGCCUCCCGGGCCCCCUGCCCGCGACUGCGUGGCCGCCUGGUGGGACAUGGUCGAGCGCAACCUGCGAUCUUUUCCACACUCCUGUUCAACGCUUGGAAGAAAAAUUGCUGCUCUGUAUGACAGCUUUACUAGUAAAUCCUUAAAAGAACAUAUUUUCCCUCCUCUGAUAGACAUGCUAAUUUAUUUUAAUUUUUUCAAAGCCCCAUUUCUUGUGGAUUUAAAGAAACCAGAGUUAAAGAUUCCUCACACAGUGAACUUCUACCUGAGAGUUGAACCUGGGGUGAUGCUAGGGAUCUGGCACACAGUCCCCAGCUGCCGGGGGGAAGAUGCCAAGGGGAAGGACCGUGGCUGGUAUGAAGCAGCCCUUCGCGAUGGGAACCCAAUUAUUGUUUAUCUUCAUGGCAGUGCAGAACACAGGGCAGCUUCUCACAGACUCAGGCUGGUAAAGGUGCUGAGUGACGGUGGCUUUCAUGUCUUGUCUGUUGACUACAGAGGAUUCGGGGACUCUACGGGUAAACCCACAGAGGAGGGUCUGACUAUGGAUGCUAUUUGUGUCUAUGAGUGGACCAAGGCAAGAAGUGGCAUCACUCCCGUGUGUCUCUGGGGCCACUCCCUGGGUACAGGGGUUGCAACGAAUGCUGCAAAAGUGUUAGAAGAAAAAGGAUGCCCAGUUGAUGCUAUUGUCUUGGAAGCUCCAUUUACCAACAUGUGGGUUGCAAGUAUCAAUUAUCCUUUGUUAAAGAUUUACCGGAAUAUUCCAGGAUUUUUACGUACACUUAUGGAUGCCCUGAGAAAAGACAAAAUAGUCUUUCCUAAUGAUGAAAACGUUAAAUUCCUUUCUUCUCCCCUUCUCAUCUUACACGGAGAGGAUGACAGGACAGUGCCUUUGGAGUAUGGAAAAAAGCUCUAUGAAAUUGCACACAAAGCAUAUAGGAACAAAGAGAGGGUCAAGAUGGUUAUCUUUCCUCCUGGCUUCCAACACAACCUGCUUUGUAAAAGCCCCACACUAUUAAUAGCCGUAAGAGAUUUCCUGAGCAAGCAGUGGUCAUGAAGUCUCGGAGGAGUGGAAAUCUUCAAUGAAGACUUGGUCCAAACACCACCUGUGAUGUGCAUUUUUUAAUAUAAAAUUGUACUGGGCGGGUCAGAUGAGCUGAAGCCAUUGAUUUCUCUGUAAAUCACUUGCCAUUUUAACAACAGAAAACAUACAUGUUAGGCAGUAUGGAAUGUUCUUGUUUAGCUUAUAAUCUACUUUGUAAAACAUGCCGAAACCUCACAAUUUGGUAAAAUUUAGAUCUAUCUAAAAAUAUGUAGUUAUCAAACAUCCUAGGGAUAUUUGUGAAUAAGGUAGUUGCUAUGGUCCGAAUAUCUGGGCCUGCCCCCCAGAUUAUGUUGAAACCUAACCGCCAAUGUGAUGGUUAUAGGUUAUAGGAGGUGGGGCUGAGCUCUCAUGAAUGAGAUUAGUGCCCUAAUAAAUUAUGACCAAAAGAGCUCUUCACCUCUCCUACCAUUUGAAGAUAUAGUGAGAAGACUUCAUCUAUGAAGCAUAAAGAAGCCUUCAUCAGACACUGAAUCCAGCCAGUGCCUUGCUCUUGGACUUCCCAGCCCCCACAACUGUGAGAAAUAAAUUUCUGUUGUUUAUAAGCUA